CGUAUAUAAGAAGAACAUUGGCCUGGCUCCAGCAGACAGCUCCUCCUCGGUGGGUCAACAUGAAUGCUCUGACUGUACUCUGCAUUGCGGCUGCGGCGGUAGGCAGCAGCGGGCAGCUCCUAGGUUACUCUGGUUUGUUUGGUGCCUACCGUAAUGUGUUUGGCGUCUAUCCUGGUGUGUACGGCGCCUACCCUAGCGUGUAUACCGCCCAUCAUGGGUUCCUUCCUGCAGAUUCAAAAAUCACUCUGAAGACUAUAGCUCCAACACCUUUGACGUACAACGUAGCUCCUCUAGCCCCUGUGGCUCCUGUCCAGUCUCAGUACCACGCCCAAGACGAACUGGGACAGUAUUCCUUCGGCUAUUCUGGUGGUCCUUCUUCCCGAGCUGAGACUCGUGACGCCUUCGGCAUCGUCCGCGGAUCAUACAACUACAUAGACGCAAAGGGUAAGAUACAGACUCAACACUAUGUAGCAGACGCCCUCGGCUUCAGAGUUGCCGGCACAGAUCUGCCUGUGGCACCUGAGGCCACUGCUGCAGGUCCCGACCCUGUUCAAGAUACUGCUGAGGUCGCUGCCGCUAAAGCCGUCCUCAAAAAAGCUCACGAUGAGGCCGCAGCCGCCGCCGCUGCCGCCCCUGACACCCGCAAAAAGCGUGCAAUUUCUGUCGUUCCUACCUACUCUUCCCUUAGCUUUCCUUAUGGGCACAUCCAUCCAAUUGUAGUAGGCUCUCGUCUCACCUACACGUCCGCUCUACCUGGUCUUACCACUUACGGGGUUGCCCCCGCCUAUACUGGUACCCACGCCCUUGGGUACGCCGCCGUUGCCCCUGUUGCUGCUGCCCUCCGCAACGGUGCCCUCCUCCGUGUUGAGAACAACCCUGGUCAUGCUGUCUCCUAUCGCGUGGACUAAGGGUAACAGAGCAACCCAACCGAUCCCGCUCAAGCUGUGUCCACCAUAGUGAUCUGGGGGUCGUAGAACACUUAUUAUAGAGGGUUAGAUGGUUACGCCGAAGGCUUUAAUUGUGAAAGAAAUAUUUAGAUAUGUAGCAUAUUAAAUCAUUUAUUCGGGAAGAAUAUUGUACCUUCUUAGUAUGGUGUUAAUACAUUCUCGUGUAAAUAUUGCUCCCAUUACCUAAAUUUCUUUAAUGCGAAUAAGAUUUUUAAAUAAAUGAGUUAUGCAAU